AUGGCCGAUAACGAAGCAAACUCCAACCCGACAAAGCGUACACCUCCUAAGCUAGGCAAGAAGUCGCCCGCCAAGCAAGAGCAGACCCCCCCUCCCUCCGAAAAGGGCCAGGAAGAGUCGGAGAAGCCCGAAGAAAAAGAGGAGAAAGCAGACCAAGAAGCUCCCGAAGACGAGGACCAGGACCAGGAUCAGGACAAAGAACCUGAGACUGAACAAGACCAAGAAGACGAAGGCGACGAGGAAGAAAAGCCCGAGUCUCGCAAACAGGAAGCCGACUCGGACGACGAGCCAGCCAAGGAAGAAGAACAGGAAGUCGAGCCUGAGCCCGAGCCACAGCCCGAACCCAAGGCGAAGCCUGAACGACGCCGCAAGUCUCGCCGUACACAAGAGUCAGACGUCGAAUCCGUUCCCCGAAGCAAUAUGGAAGGUCAAUCGGAGAAGCGUCGCCAGCGCACGCGCCGCACCCGUCAACCCCAACAGCAGCAGGGGGGUCAAGACGGUGGUCCCCUCGGCGGUCUCGGUGGUGUCGACCAGGCCGGUCAGUUGGUGCAAAAUACCGCUGGCAAUGCCCUAAACGGAGUCACCGGCUCUGCCGGCAAGGCCGUGGGUGGUCUGCUUGGCGGCGGUCAGAAGGAGGGCAAGGAUGAUGGUGGCAAAGAUGAGCAGCUGCGUCUGCGUCUGGAUCUGAACCUUGAUAUUGAGAUUCAAUUGAAGGCAAAGAUUCACGGUGAUUUGACUCUGGGCUUGUUGAACUAA